AUGCGUUCCAUCAUCGCUGUCGCCGCUCUUGCGACUGUCGCUAUGGCUCAGAGCAGCUCUGAAACCUCCGUCAGCCCUGUCUCAGUGUCAAACCCUGCUACUCAGUACUUAACCGAGACUAACUCGCUGGGUGUGGUCACUGGACAGCCUACCGCCGUCACCAGUCAGCCCAGUGCUGUCACCAGCCAACCUGAAGUUGUCACAUCCCAGCCUGCUGCAGCAUCCAUUCCCGCUGGACUCUCGUCUCCCGUCGUGCCACUUUCUUCUACCACCUCUGGUUCAGCUUCUGGAUCCCAGACUGGCAGCACCUCUGUUUCGGGCACUUCCACUCGAACUGCUUCUGGAACUACUACUACUGGCACCGGUUCUUCUACUUUCUCUACCGGUACUGCCACCUCAUCUGGAUCCAGUCACACCUCUGGUUCGUCCAGCUCUACUGGCACUGCCGCCGCAUCUACUGGUGCUGCCGCAAUGGUCACUGCUGGCCCCGUUGGUCUCUCUCUUGUCGCUGGUGCUGCCUUUGCCAUGCUCAUCUAA